AAACCUGCAUCAGUGAUCAGUCUGUAAAAUAAUAAAUUAAAUAAUUCAAUUAAUUUUCUUCUAACAAUACCUACCUAAUGCAUAAUGAAGAUGAAUUGCAGGAAUAUAGACAUUCUAUUCGUGCACUCAGGGAUGAAAGCAACCAAGCCGGAAUAAGUGAUAGUACAUUUAAAAAAAUGUAUUAUGAUAACUUAGAGGAGCUUGCUAAACAUAGUCAAACAGACUCAUAUUAUAAAAGUUUUAAAAAAAUGGUGCCUACUAUAAUAGCAAGUUGUGUAUUAGCAUUAUUAGUUUUUUACAAUUUUUCAGCUCUAUACAGUUGUCUUGUAUGUAGUUUUCAAGAAUAUAUUUACCCAGGUUUAAGAUCAUUAAGAAAACUUACUAUACCACUUAUUUCUCUUUUCCCUUCAUUGACAGACUUGUACCAAGAAACAUGCUUAGUUCAAAAUCCAUUUUUCACCAUAGUGGAUAUGGACUGCUGGCCAUGUAGUAUGGUCAAUAAUGUUGGUCAAGUGUAUGAUCCACAACCAAUAACUGAAAAACAACAUAAUGCACCAUUUAUUUACAAGACUGAGCAACCUGAGAUAACUAUUAAUGCAUUAAAAGAAGUAUAUGACAAAAAUGUACUCAUUUUUCAUGAGGAAAAUUCUAAGGUGUUAGUGGAUAACCAAUAUUAUAAACCACUAUCAAACAUUUUUGAACAAAGUGACAACCUUUUUGUAUGGAAAUUAAAUUCAAUAAAUGAGGCAAGAAUAAUUCGGGAGCUCAUACCAAGGCCUGUGGUUGUUCCUAAGUUUGGGCAAAGCAUUGAAAGGUUUAUGGUGAUAGAUACAAAACUAAAUUCAUUCCGAAUACCUGAUUCCGAAUGCAAUUACUCAUUUUUACUGGCUGUAAGCGGCGACAGAAUUAUUAAUUUGAAACCUGCUGAAGAGUGUAAACAUCAGUGCAAAUCUUUCAAAGUAGACCUCAAAGAAUCUUAUUUAUUAUGGUACAAUUGGUGGUAUUGGCGUCCCACUGCUAUGUCAUCAUCAAGUAACAAAACAUUUGUUGCACAUGUUGGAUCAUACUGCUGAAUGGACAAUAAAAAUUUGGAAUGU